GACUAGCGAGAGAGAGAGAGAGAAAGAGAGCGAGCGAGAGGCGGGCGUGAGUUAGCCCUCAGCCCAGUAUCAGACAAGCAAAGCCAGCAAGCACAAGCCGCCCAGAAGGCGCGGGGGUAGAAUCACGGUCCUGGUUUUUUGUUUUUUUAAAAACAACAACAAAAAAAUAAUUUAAAAAAAAAAUCAAUCUCCCGAGCAGCCCGAUCCGGAACAGUUUCUCCUCAUGCAUUGGAUUCAAUCCACUGGAUCCUUGGCCUUGGAGGAGGAGGCGGAGGAGGAGAAGGCGGCGGCGAGGACGAUCCUGCAGCCGAUGCGGAUGUAAGGCUCCCCAGGCUGUGUGCUUUCUCCCCCCUCUGUCGGGAGACUGUGAAGUAGGCAGGGCUGCUGCUUUGCUUUGGUGUUUCUGGUGGGGUUUCUCUCCCCCUCUCUCUUCCCCCCUCCCUUCCCCUCCCUCCCUCCCCUCCUCUGCCGCCGCCGCCGCACAGACAAGACAGCACUAGCGCGUGCAAGAGCUUCGGAUUGCUUUUUGCAGGAGACUGAUCCAGGAUUAUGAUCUAAAAAGGAGGAAAAAAAAGUGGAGGAGGAGGGGGGCAGAAGGUCUGUUUUGCAUCCACUCUGCGUGGACUGCUUGCUUGCACUAGGAUUGCAUUUUGGAUUUCUGCGACCAGGGACGUCCCCCCCACCCCUUCACUCCUGUCUCCUCCUUGUUUUUCCGUUAGAAAACACACAGGCACGGGGGAAAAUAUAUUAUCUAUAUCUAUACAUACAUGUAUAGAUGUAUGCACUGGGUGUCGCAAGAGGAAAGGCUAAAUUAUCAUAGGUGGCAAAAGCAAGCCGAAGCAGCCCCCUACCCUCAGCCUGCAGCCUCCCCUCCCUUCACUCAAACCUGCCUUCUUAUUUAUUGGAGAGAUCUCCCAGGCUGUCUCCUCACUCCAGAGGGUGCUUAAUCCCAAGGAAAGGAGAGGAAUUCAAAGUGAAGCCAUCUAACCAUGGUGGUUUUCAAUGGAUUACUGAAAAUCAAAAUCUGCGAAGCGGUGAAUCUCAAACCCACACCUUGGUCACUCAGGCAUGCGGUGGGUCCCAGGCCACAGACCUUUUUGCUGGACCCAUACAUUGCCCUCAACGUGGACGACUCCAGGAUCGGGCAGACCUCGACCAAGCAGAAAACCAACAGCCCUUCCUGGAAUGAUGAGUUUGUUACUGAAGUUAGCAAUGGCAGAAAGAUCGAGAUGGCCGUUUUCCAUGAUGCCCCCAUUGGGUACGACGAUUUUGUGGCUAACUGCACCAUCCAGUUUGAGGACUUGCUACAGAAUGGGAGCCGCCACUUUGAGGACUGGAUUGAUUUGGAACCAGAAGGAAGAGUUUAUGUCAUCAUAGAUCUUUCAGGCUCAUCAGGAGAAGCACCCAAAGACAAUGAAGAACGAGUGUUCAGGGAGCGGAUGCGUCCCAGGAAGCGCCAGGGGGCAGUGCGGCGGAGGGUCCACCAGGUUAAUGGGCACAAGUUUAUGGCCACCUAUCUUAGACAACCAACCUAUUGUUCACACUGCCGAGAUUUUAUAUGGGGAGUAAUAGGAAAGCAAGGGUACCAAUGUCAAGUUUGCACUUGCGUAGUCCACAAGCGAUGCCAUGAGCUUAUAAUAACGAAAUGCGCUGGCUUGAAGAAACAGGAAGCCCCUGACGAGGUGGGCUCCCAGCGCUUCAGCGUCAACAUGCCUCACAAGUUCAGCAUUCACAACUAUAAAGUGCCCACCUUCUGCGACCACUGCGGUUCGUUGCUCUGGGGUCUGCUGAGACAAGGUUUACAAUGCAAAGUUUGCAAGAUGAAUGUACAUAGACGCUGUGAAACAAAUGUGGCACCAAACUGUGGAGUGGAUGCUAGAGGAAUAGCUAAAGUACUCGCUGACCUUGGUGUAACUCCAGAUAAGAUCACCAACAGUGGACAAAGGAGGAAGAAGCUUCUUCCAGGUGCAGAGUCUCAGCCGCCAGUUCCUGGAUCAUCACCAGGAGAAGAUGACAGGUCAAAGUCAGCACCAACUUCCCCAUGUGACCAAGAAAUUAAAGAGCUUGAAAAUAACAUUAGGAAAGCAUUAUCAUUUGAUAACCGAGGAGAAGAAAACAGGGGAACAGCAACAACCUCAACUGACAACCAGCUUAACACACUUGGGGAGAACGGUGAAAACGGGGAGGUCAAAGCCCAGACAAAACGAAUGGGCCUCGAGGAGUUUAACUUCAUUAAAGUAUUAGGAAAAGGCAGCUUUGGGAAGGUCAUGCUAGCUGAGCUGAAAGGUAAAGAUGAAGUCUAUGCCGUGAAAGUCUUAAAGAAAGACGUCAUCCUACAAGAUGAUGAUGUGGACUGUACAAUGACAGAAAAACGGAUUUUGGCAUUAGCACGGAAACACCCCUACCUAACACAGCUCUACUGCUGCUUCCAGACUAAGGACCGCCUCUUUUUCGUCAUGGAAUAUGUCAAUGGAGGAGACCUAAUGUUUCAGAUUCAACGUUCGCGCAAAUUUGACGAGCCUCGCUCCCGCUUCUAUGCAGCAGAGGUCACAUCGGCACUCAUGUUUCUCCACCAACAUGGCGUCAUCUACAGGGACCUGAAACUGGACAAUAUUCUUCUGGAUGCAGAAGGUCAUUGCAAACUGGCUGACUUUGGAAUGUGUAAGGAAGGGAUCUUGAAUGGAGUAACAACGACUACCUUUUGUGGAACACCCGACUACAUAGCUCCAGAGAUCCUCCAAGAAUUAGAAUAUGGUCCCUCUGUGGAUUGGUGGGCACUGGGUGUCCUCAUGUAUGAAAUGAUGGCUGGCCAACCCCCCUUUGAAGCUGACAAUGAAGAUGAUCUCUUUGAGUCCAUCCUUCAUGAUGAUGUACUGUACCCAGUGUGGCUUAGCAAAGAAGCUGUGAGCAUUUUGAAAGCUUUCAUGACAAAAAAUCCAAACAAGCGACUCGGCUGUGUGGCAUCGCAGAAUGGCGAAGAUGCCAUUAAGCAACACCCCUUCUUCAAGGAAAUUGACUGGGUCCUUCUAGAACAAAGGAAAAUCAAGCCACCCUUCAAACCUCGGAUUAAAACCAAAAGGGAUGUAAAUAACUUUGAUCAAGACUUUACGCGAGAAGACCCGGUAUUAACGCCAGUGGAUGAGGCCAUUAUAAAGCAAAUCAACCAAGAGGAAUUCAAAGGCUUCUCAUAUUUCGGAGAAGAGCUGCUGCCAUAAGACUUCCAUUAGGACCACCAAAAUCACUGACACUGCAAAGUGUGGUCUAAAAAGAUCCUCUAGAUGUUCAAUCAAGAACUACUUAUCUGACCAUGAGCCUCUAUCCCCUCACUUUAUACUAUCUUUAUAUAUUUAUUGUUAUUUUUCUUUCACCUUUGAUCUGGAGGCACUCUUAAUUUCUGUCUCACAAAGCAAUGCAAAAUAUUUUGUAUCAGCAACUGUAAAGGUAACAUUGUGGCUGUUCAUUGCUUCAAUUUGGGAUCUUCCUUGUAUUCCCAGGAAGGCUGUGACUUGUUUUUUGUUCGUUCAUUUGCUUUAAAGAUGGCACCUUCAAAACCAAUUUACAGUCACUUUUGAGGCAGUCACUAGAACGUAAUUUUUCUGCUCAUUUUUCACAUGGGUCGAGAGAUUGUAUCUCCCACUUGAUAGAAUUUUUUUUAAUGUGAUAAAUAAUCAUCCCAUCACAUAGUGGUAUAUGUAGUCCAUGUGAAAACUGGGGGGGUCACCUCAUGGUGACUUUUCCCACCUCAAAAGUGAUCAUAUAAACUAGCCAUAAGAUUUACUGUGACAGCACAAGGUCAGGGAAACAUGGGCUGACAUCCUCACUAACACAUGUGCUUCUAACAAUGGUGCAAAUGCAGUAGUAGCCCCCAUGCUUCCGAACCAGGCGCUUUUGCACAAGAGUGCAACUAUUCUUACACUUCAAGGCAUAUUUUAGAAAUCAAUGGACAGGUUCUCACAAUUUGCCUGGUGAGAUUCCCAAGACAUGCAUGCUCCCUCAGAAUGUGUUGUGAGAACCCAGAAAUUAUCAGAAAUCUCAGAUUUGUGCAGUGGGAAGCUACAAUGAAGCUAAGAUCAUCAAGCUAAGAUCAGAUCUUGGUUGGCAAUCUUAGCUUCAUUGUAAUUUCCCACAGCUUUGAAUCUGAGAUUCCUGGUAAUUUCUGAUUCUCACAACAUACUCCAUGGGAACAAACAUGCUUAAAGAAUCGCAGAUUCCCAUUAAACUAACAUCUCACAGAUUCUGAGAACUGACUCAAUGAAACUUCCUUCCAAUUUAACUGUGUAGAAUCAAGGUGUGAGUCAAUAUUCCUGUAAAUAGCUAAAUGACCUUCUAUUAGGCACCUAACUGAAAAAUUCAACACUGAAAUUCCAGCUUAUUAUUUAUACCAUUCAGAGUAAGGUGAAGGACUAGGAUUUGUCUAUUUCAAUAUCUUGGUAUCUGAGUGUCUGUGCACCUAACGUGGCUGUCAUAUGUUGGCCACAUUAAUAAUUCUCUAUAGUGGCUUUGUCCACAUUACAGGGGGGUUGUGGAAUCUCACUGCCUCAUGGCAAACCAUUACGCAGCCAACAGUUCAUGGCUGAGAUCACCAUCUCAGAAAACUAUUUAAGAGCUGUGUUGCCAUUGUAACCUGUGUGCUGGCCUUUAGUUGAAUAGAAAUUGGUUUUAAUCAAAGUACUUCACCUUAACUAGGGUAUAGAUCACAGUGAUAAUGGGAAUAUAUACGCGUGCGUGCAUGCACAGAGGCCUGAAAUUGCCCACUCUGUGUCAUUUGCGAGAAAGCCAGGCUUGGGUGAGGACCUCUUUCACCGCCGUCCUCCAGUGCCCGACCUCACCUGCUGUGAUGGUUAGGAGGUGGCCAGAGCCUCUACCACUGAAGACUAUACUGAGCUAGACAGACCAAUGGUCUGACUCAGUAAAUGGCAAUUUCCUGUGUUCACUACACAGCAGCAUUUUCAAAGGUGUUGGUGGGGAACAGAAUUAGGUUUCUCUCCAAGAUGUGGUUCCCCAAGAUUUACUGCCAUAGGCAGCUGCCUAUAUUGCCUAUGCAGUAAUCCACCAUUAGGAGUGAGUCCUAAGCAGAAGGCACAGCACGCUCUUUCUCUGAAGUUCUGCAGUUCUGCACUGUCAAGCUGGGCAGAAUCAGGGCUUUGUUUGUUAAGGGCUGCUGUCUGUCACUUGGUCCAUGAAUGCCUAUGCUGUGCCUAAUGGUUUUGGCUCAGUACAAAGGAGGCUGAAGAGAGAUUCCCCCGCCCCCCAAUCCUUUGUUAAUUUGGAUAUGAACAUAGCUGAGAGUGCAAUAGUGAUAAAAGUGCAUCACAGGUUAAGCAGCACUUACAUAAUUGUACUAGAAUUCUAAAUGCAUUUAUGGAAGUGGACUAGAAUGUGUUUCUGGCUCCCCAUCGAGGUAUUGUAGAAAUCUAUUCCUACGGACUUUUCACAUCCCACCCCCAAGAACAUAAGGCAACUGGGGGAGAUUUUUCCCUCUCCAGAAUCUCCUUUUUGCCAGUUACACGCAUGCUUAUGUUCAAGCAGUUUGCUGACUACUGGGACGAUAAAUGAAAGGGCAGAUGGACUGACAAAAUAUUUACCAAAAACAGCUAAAAUAAAUACAAAAAAAUGUAGAGUUAAAGUAUAUUCAAAUAUAGUUUGACUGAAGGAGUUCCAAAUAAUUAAAACCUUCUGAUAAAGCUGUCAUGGAAAUUCUUUUUUAAAAAAAUCAGAAAAAAUACUUUUUUCUAAGAACACAUGACCAUUUUUUUUUUUAAAAACUAUCUUUUAAGGGUUAUAUUUUAAAGGUUUUUUAAAAACACAUACAGAUGCUUUACAGACAGGUGUUAAAGGGCUAAAGAGUGGACAAAUUAUCCAAAAGCCUAUAAUAGCUUUAAUAAAGCAAUAUAGGUUUACUACAGCUUUUACAGGGUUUUUUGGCACGUAUAUGUUUCUUUUUCCAUAAUAGACUAUAUGAAAGCUAGUACCUCAAGCAAUCAUGUCAUUAAUGCAAUGACAGGCCUGAAGUAGAUUUAAUUUUUCCUAAGAUAGAAUUUCACUGUAUCUGAUUUCCAUAAUGUCCUGCUUUAUUUAUUUCUUUUUACUUUUAAUAGCAGUGUGUUACUUUUACAGGCUUUUACAAAGGAAAAAAUUGGGCAUGAUCCACCUGUCUUUGGGCACAGCCUUUUCCUUCCUUCUUCCUUCAGUACUGGUAUAAAUGGGGGGUUGCCUUCAAUUCAGAGUCCUCUUCCUUUCGGGUAGAUACACGUAUUACUUGUAUAACCUCUAUUUUUUUGGUGGGGGGGGUCAUCUUAAAUUCAGGUUGUCUUCUAUAAAUAUGGUAUAUGCAGAUCCAUCUAGUAUUUUGCACAAAUGGCGCUGAGAAGGAGUGGGAUGCUUAGAUGUACAUGAGAAAGGUAAACAUAAGCUUCCCAUAGUAGGUAGUGGCUGGGGCAUUUUGGCACAUAAACCUUGGCCAGCAUUUUGGCUGCUGGCCAAGGAUCAGUGGGGAAGAAGGAGGGGCAAAGCUCACCCAAUCAUGUACCAUGGGUCCAGCUGGAUCAUGCCCAGUAGUACUACUGUUCUUUUGUUUGUAUUAUUUAGAAAAAUCUGGUAUGAAAACUGUGCUAUAGGAAGACAAAACCAUUCAUUAUGUGAAAGCAUAUUGAGACUGAAGAUCAACAUUCAAAAACUGACAUUUCUGAGUUGUAAAUGGAUUUUUUGAUGGGACAUUUAAAAUGGUAACUCAUGUGGACAAUAUUAACAAAUGUGACGUUACCGCCUGUAGAUAUGCUGACAGUGUUAUGUACUUAUAUUUCCGGGAGUAGCCUGUGUUUUGUGUGCGCGUGCGCGUGUGUGUGUUCAUGUAUCGCUGAGGUGUGUGUGUGUGUGUGUGUGUAUAUAUAUAUACAAAUAAUUUUUUUUACUGGACUGAAUGAGCAGUCAGGGAAAUCCAUUUUACUUGUUGCACUUGGAUUUUCCGGCUGCACACUAUAUAUAUAUACUUGUGACCGGCAGAGUGGCACUCAAGAAGCUUUAUUUCUUUUCUUCUUUCUUUUUAGUUGUUUUCCCCUUUUUGCCUUUUGUACAGGUGAGGAUUUUGUAUAUAGGUGUUUACUGCAAGGCCUGUGGAAUUCAAUGAAUAUAGAGGUAUCAACUGCUGCAUGUUCAGGCAUAUUAUUAAAAAAACACACGUUAGCCUAUGAAAGAAUAAUUAUAAUGUCCAUGUGCAAUACUCUGUAUGUGUAUUGGUUCAAGUUACUGUCAAAGAUGAGAUUUUCCCCCAUUUGUUUUCUGUUAAAGUAUGUGGACCUAUAUUAAGCUGUACUAAAACUCCUGUAUAAUUCUCUUAAACUCUAUAUGGAAUGAUAGAGACUGGGGGGGGGGAGAGAAACAGCCAUUAUUGACAGAAACACAGGCAAUUGAGUUGUAGAGAUGGAACCCCUUCUCAUGGUAUCUCUGACAGAGUUCACAUGUAACAGUGGUGAGUAAAUACUGAAGAGCUGCUGGUUCCCACUAGGCACGCACUCCGGUUCGUAAUGCCUCUUCCAUGUCAUCAGAACCUGGAAAUGGUGGGUGAAGAAUAUUGGGUACCCAUCUCCACCCAUCAUCAAGCCAACUGCAAAUAUUGGUUGUGAAUGUUGAGCUGAGGUGGACACCCGGCAUUCUCAACCCAACAUAUCCGGGUUCUGAUGAUACAGAAGCAGCAGCAGGAACAGUAGUGUGUGCCUGGCAGGAACCACCAGCUCUUCCAUACUUGCCACCAUUACAUUUGAACCCGUCCUCUGCUGUGUGAGUUUUACUGAAAUGAAGCUCCGCCCCUCACUUCUUAUGUGCAGAUUAAAUGAGAAACCCUGGGCCAUGUGGAAGGAGCCCCACACCAGUGGAGAUAUCAUGCCCCAGUUGCUGGAAGAACUGACACUGGUGUGGGGAGGAGCCACAACAUAGGCUUUUCCCAUAUGGCCUGGAACGUCUUUAUGUAUGGGAAGGGGCAGCACUAUAGCGACUCCUAUGCCACAAAAGUAACUUGAGCUGUUAGUCCAAGUUGUCUUCUCAAAUAGGCAGAUUAGGUUGACGUCAGUUUUGCGUCUGGCUGUUCAUAGCCACUUUCAGUGACAAUGACAUUCAAUUCCAUUUUGUUUGUUUGUUUGUUUGUUUGUUUUAAAAGAAGCUCAGGUGUAAUUAUAUAUAUAUAAAUAUAUAUAUAUAUAUGUAUGUAUUCAUAUGAUGAUUUCAAAUAUUAUGCUAUAUCAAGUCAUGUGUUGUCUGGCUUACCAGUGUAAUAAUGGAUCAAAACUAUUAGAAUAAUUUAAUUUAUCGUCAUUAAAUUUUAAGGGCUGGGGGCACAGGGGAAGAAAAACCCCUAGCUUCUAGAUUUGGAAGCACAGAGACGUCAUUAAGGUUACAUCAUCUCAUUAUUUUAUUUUUAUUGUAGGAAAAAUUAGUAUAAAACUGCCCAUUGGUUUUUGUGUGGUAGUAUCAGCUCUGUGUCUUUCUGCCACAUGUUAGCUUUGGACAUCCAGGCAAGAACUGACAAUACGGAGUGGUCUUUUCAGUAGAAGAGCAGCAGCUUUGGAGGCAGUAAGUGGCCUUCUGAAGCUGCAUGUAGACUGGCUAGAAGGACGAACUAUUAUGUAGUGCACUAGUUUGCGUGAAACAAGAGGCCUUUGUACAAAAUGGGGAUUAGCCAUUUCUAUUUUUAUUUUUGGAAGGGAAGAAUUACAUUCCACAAAGCUUUUGAAAGCAAAACUGUGGAGUACGUAGCUUCUACAUUUCUGCCAUAGAAAUCACUAACAAACAUUUGCUGACAUGAUGAGGAAAAUUACUCAAAGUAGUUCCAUCUGUAGCAGCCCAUACUAACAAGCUGGAAGGCUGGAAAAGACGGCCCAGUUGCUUGGGUAAUGACAGUCGUUUUUUUUCACCACCUUCUGAUCCCACAACAGCUGUAACUGAGCUGUGUGGGCUGGUCAUUUGUCCAAUAGGGGAGGGAAAUCCUCAGCCUUGGUCAUUCUCCUCAUCACGUUGGCCACUUGCACUACAAAUGCCACACCACCAGCAUGUCUUUCUGCAGGCCAGAGUAAAAAAAAAAAAAAACCUUAGCACAGGAGAUAGUUUGGCUGUACAGUCAGGCUGCUUAAAACCCAUUGAAGUCCACUGCCCCGAUCCAGCAAGAGAAAGCCACACACAUAAGCAUCUUCCCACAAGUGUUGCCAAUGCAGAUGUAAAUCCUCAACUGCAUCACAUGCUCAUUCAAGCACUCUUGAAUUGGCUGCAUGCAUCCUUUGAUGCAAAUCUAUGUGUGCAUCCACAGCCAAGGCCUGCUUAUGUCAACAGCUAGUUCAAUACCAGUGGGUAGGGAUGUGCAUGAACCAGGCGGUUCGAACACCGGGCAGUUCGCAGGGUUCAAAGGCAGGGGGAUAACUUUAAGGGUGGGGGGGUGCACUCCCCACCACCUUGUUUCCCCUGCCGGUGCUCACUUAAAAACUGGUCCAGUGGGGGGGCAAUGCACCUCCCUGCCGCCCCGUCCACUCCUCGGACUGGAAGUAGAGUGUGUGCAUAUCAAGUGCAUGUGUGUGCUCCCCCUGCCGCCUUCGAGCCGGUCCCCGCCAGUUCCGUGCACAUCCCUACCAGUGGGAUUUAAACAGCCUCGUAUUGGAGCACUCCUCAGUACAAGUGAUUUCAAUUCCAGUAAUUUUCUGUUUGGUUUACAUUAGUAGGUAUGUCUGUUACCUUUCCUAUGUUUAAAGAUACUUCUUUGAAACAAACAUGCUGUUACAUUUCUUCUUCGCCUGUAAAUUGUUUCCACCACCACACUUUUUCGAUGAAAGGUGUGCAAAAUGCCAAACAUUUGGAAAAAAUCAGGAUAUCUGUUUUUUUAGUAACUCUGUUUAGUGCAGACACAGAAAUUUCCAUACCGUAAAAACAAUGCUCUCUCUCCAAAAAGGCUUUUAAAAAAUUAAAAGACCUCUUUUGAAAUAAUGUGCAGAAUAGUUCUGGGAAAAUAUGAAAUGUAUUCAGUUUUACAGGAGGGGGGGAGGUUUUUUUAAAAAAUUGUGAGGCUUUCUUUGUACAGAUUUUUUCCCCCCUCUUAUGGUUGUAAUUUGAAUCUCUUGCCAUUCAUUAGGGUUAUUUCAUUGUAGCCAUUAUUACUGUGCCAAAUGUACUGUAUUCUAAAGGAUGUGAAUGUGUAUUGUUUCAGAACCUAAUAAAUACAAUGAUGUUAAAAUCUUAA